AGUAACGCGUCCUGGACAAAAUAGGCGGCGGUGGGGUGUAAUGAAGAGGGGGAAAAAUGGAAACGUGGCCUCGACAUAUUUCUGUUCACGCGCCUGACUGGUCUCGCAGAAAAAGUAAAGUAUCAAGAAAGACGAUUUGAACUGUCCAAGACGUCGCCCUGACGCGUGACGUCACGGGCGUCGAUUGCGGAAGUCAUGCUCGGGAUGAAGGCUGCCGCGUUUGUGUCAACAAACGUUCAGGUGGACGCUCACGCAUAUGUUGCCUUGAGCUUCGGCUGCCUUCCGGCUCGCUGACGAGGCGUCCGGCAACACCGCUCCCACCUGAGCCGCCCGUGUGCUCCGGUGGCUCCGACGUGCCGCGAACCGGGACCGAUUUUGACUUGAGUUAGCAGUGAGGACAAGAUGGGCAUUUGGCAGUCACUUUCUAGUCCUCCCGAGUACACACAACUGGCGCAAAAGACAGGCUUCACUUGUGAGCAGAUUGGAGUUCUGCACAAGCGAUUCAAGCAGUUGAGCCACAAUGAAGACACCCUGCGGAGAGAACACUUCAACGCCAUCCACGAUCUGGCCUGGAAUCCCAUCCGAGCACAGAUCAUCGAGGCCUUCUUUGACAGGAGGAACCUGAUCCCACCCGGCGAGGGCUCGAUGGAAGAGAUCUACUUGGAGGAAUUCGUGGUGGUCAUGUCCCACUUCAAGCCGCCGUCGCUCAACAUGACUGAUGAGGAGCGGGACAGCGUCCGCAGGGAGAAGCUGAGAUUUUUAUUCAACAUGCACGACACGGAUAACGAUGGAACCAUAACCCUGCAGGAGUACAGACAUGUGGUGGAGGAGCUCCUCUCCCGCAGCGGGCAAAUCAGCAAGGAAACGGCCGAAAGCAUCGCGGACGCCGCCAUGUUGGAGGUGGCGGGCAUAUCCAUGGGUCACAUGGAACCUGACGAGUUCUACGAGGGCAUCACGUUCGAGCACUUCCUUAAGCUGCUGAACAGCUUCGAGAUUGAAGCCAAGAUGAACGUCCGCUUUUUGAACAUGAACGCGUCCGCUGUGUGCUACUAACAUCAGAAUGAUGUGAUGAAUAAAAAUGCUUUGUUGUUUCACCAAAAAACAAAAAAUCUAUACACAGUGCAGGAUAUGUUCCCAAACAGCCCGCGGUAGGUGAAAAUCUGCGAUGUGGAGAGACCAAAACAUCUUUUUUUACCCCUCCCAUGUGUUUGAGACGCAUUUAAAUUCAUGAAAACACACGUUUACAAGUAUUCUGAAGCACCUGUUCUCACUCUCCUGCUGUCAAGAAAUGGGAGACUAAUGUUCAACCAAACCAUAUAAUUUCAUUUAAACGAAAGUCUGCUAUCUUAAUGCUAACAUGUAACACGAAACACCACAAACUGGCUGACGGAAAUUAGUUUAGAUGUUAGGGCAGUCAUAAACCUUCAAACAACAUCUACUUGAAUGGAGCCACGACGCAUACAAACCGAACAUACAACAAUAUAUAGAGCAAUUAUUUGAAUAACUCGAAUAAUUAGAUUACAAGCAAGUCAACGCUUACAAAAGAAGAAUGUGUGUACUGCGAAGCGCAAACCGGCUUACACAACAGCACGUCUACGAUCGCUGACACGACGUGACGUAAAAUGUCGUCAGCCAAUUGAAUGCAGCCCACCGCCGCUCGUUAAAAGGUGUUUGGAUGCCCCCACGAGUGCUGAAGACGCGGCCGCCCGGUGCACUUUCAAAUGCUUUACUGAACAAACGCUAACAAAAUAAACAUUCGUCAGUUCGUAACAUGAGCUCGCCACAGACAACUGUGCUUCCAUUCACCGACGCCCACGUCUCACUGCCUUUUUAAGCCACACACACUCGAAGUCACAGAUAAUGCAGUCGAAUGUGAUGACAGCGACCCCGAGUGGACACUAAUGAUGCCUGCACCUUGAAUGCAUAGUUUGCUGUUUAAUGCAAAAUCAAUUUAUAUUCGAAGAGUUGAUUAUCUUAACCAUGUUCCAUUAAAAAAAAUAAAAAAAUCUGUGAUAUUGUGUGGGUUCGUCUUGUACCCUUAAUUAUAUUUGAAUAACUAUGCAAAUUCAUCCAAAAUAUGCAUAUUCUCUCACAUCGUCAUAGCACUGGUUUUUACUAUGGCGGUGUUGGCAAUAAUAAGAUGCGUCAGACUCUCGAAGCAAUAAUCCAAUAAUGCUGUUUAUAUGCAAAUAUUGGCACUGCUAAAGGGAAACAUUCAUGUUCUGUUCAUCAGGGAUCGAAGGUUUGUCUUCAGCUCAGUGGCCACAACAUUAGGUACAGCAGCCCACUCAAAUGCCAUCUGACACAAAAGAUUAUUCGGACUAUUACGGUAGGCCUAUGUAUUGGAUCUCAAAUAUUGUAAUAUGCAAUUAUGUGGAUGAUGAAAAUAUCAUGCAGGUGUCCCGAAUGUUGCACGCUGCAGUAAAUCCACUGUGCGCACGUCUUUCACAUUUUUCCCACAAUAAAAUACACUUUUAAGAUAAA